CGAAAUUUCCAUAUUCUCCGAAUCCAAACGAAAUCGAGAAAAAGAGAAAAAGAAAACAAAAACAAAGAAUUUAUUUAUCGAAUUCGAAUAUCGCAGAUAUCACAUUGAUUUUUCACCUCUUUUUCUUCCACUCUCAAACUCUUUUGUUUUCUCUUCAGAUCAAAAAUCGCUUUCUUUGUAGUUUGAAAAUGGUUUUGAUCUGAUUUUCUUGUUUCCAGAAGAGAUACUCUUCAGUGUUGAUUGAAAGUAAGGGUUUAUAUAUUUUCCGUUUUACCGAUGCUGGAUAAUCGGCAAGUUCAGAGCAAUGGCGUGUCGAAUCCGUCGUCGGAAAACGUGGAAGAAGCGAUUUUGCGGUUGAAAAUACAUGAUAAUCAGGAGGAAGGUAGUGUGGGUCACUCAAGUCCUUAUCCUGACCGUCCUGGGGAACCUGAUUGCAUAUAUUAUUUAAGGACUGGGUUAUGUGGUUAUGGAAGCAAUUGUCGUUUCAAUCAUCCUGCUUAUUCUGAACAGGGUGCCCAGUAUAGAGGUGAACUCCCAGAAAGAGUUGGACAACCUGACUGUGGGUACUUUUUGAAGACAGGAACCUGCAAAUAUGGAUCUACAUGUAAAUAUCAUCACCCACGGGACAGGCAUGGUGCUGGACCAGUCUCAUUGAACAUUGUAGGUCUACCCAUGCGUCAGGAAGAAAAACCAUGUUCUUACUACAUGCGAACUGGGUUGUGUAAGUUUGGAGCUGCAUGCAAGUUUCAUCAUCCCCAGCCUGCAUCAGCUGGAACUGUUUUGCCUGCAACUGGUCCUGCUGCCUUUGGAUCUACAGGCUCAUCAAUUUUACCUUCAUCAGGGUUACCGUAUGUGGGCGGUCUUCCAGCAUGGUCAUUACCAAGAGCACCAUAUAUACCUGGCCCGCGUAUGCAAGGUCCACAGACCUACAUGCCUAUUGUUCUUUCUCCUUCUCAAGGCAUUGUACCUGCACAAGGCUGGAACACUUACAUGGGAAACAUGAGUCCCAUAUCUUCAACUGGUAUUCUGGGAUCCAAUCUUGUCUACAACUCCAGGAAUCAGAGUGAGUCAGGAUCCAGUGGGCAGGUGCACUUGUUAUCAUCAUUGAUUCCACAUUUACCUGAGAGGCCAGAUCAACCAGAAUGCCGGUAUUUCAUGAGCACAGGGAGCUGUAAAUAUGGUUCUGAUUGCAAGUAUCAUCACCCAAAAGAAAGGAUUGCUCAGUUGGCAACAAAUACUUUAGGUCCGCUUGGUCUUCCCUUGAGACCAGGGCAAGCUGUAUGUUCUCACUACAAUUUGUAUGGACUCUGCAAGUAUGGUCCGACUUGCAAAUUUGACCACCCCUUGACCGGAUAUUCUUCUUAUAAUUACUGUUUGAGCCUGCCCCCUCUAUCUAUACUUGACCCAUCUCUCUUACCUUAUCAAAGAAACUCUUCCACAGUUCAUUCAUCUGAAACCUCUCCCUCUAAAUCGUCAAAAUUUCCUGAUUGGGUCCAGAAAACUGAGUCUGGAAGCACCAAGUCUCAGAAUCCAGAUACAAAAGCUCCUGAAGGUCCACCAGAACAGGCUGGUCCUCUGCUGCAUUCCUCGCCAAAUUCAUCUGAACCUCCACAAGAUCAAUCCGAUUGAAGUCACUUCUUUUUUGUUCUUUUUCACUUUCUAUUUUGUUGCCAAGUACCUUUAAGGAAAUUUUUAUGAUUAGUACCUCAUGCCCCCCUUUCACCUGUGGUUCUGCGGAGUGGAUAGGUUGUUUGGAGAUCAAAGCGAUGAGCAAAAGUGGGGGGCAUGGAACGGCCUCUUUUUGUGGUGAAUAAAAUGCAGGUGAAAAAAAUUGUAAAAUUCCUUUUCUUCUUUGACUUGUUCCUUUUCCACAGAUGAUUAUUGCUAAAACGUCUGAAUCAACUGCUCUUAGGUGUGAAAAUUUUUCAUUUUUAAGCACUGCAACCUGUGGCUUUUACAUACAUAAAUCAAUUUAAAUGUUGGCGAUGUGAAUCACAUUAUA